AUGUAUACUCCAUCCCAUUCAUCUACUCAAAAAACUCCCAUCCAGACCGUUAAGUGUAUGGAUUCAUCCAACUUAUCAUACCAAGAGAAGUAUCAUCAAAAUCGGAAUUUCAGUUAUACAUGUAUACGGGUGAAUGAUGUACCACUAGACGAAUCGAUUACGAGUAAGCAUGGUAAUUUCGUAAAGCAAGCAAUAAUUCCCCAAUGUUUAUCCUAUGUGAUGUUCAUGGAUAAGACGACAUUGAUUUGUACUAUCGUUGUUGCUACAUGUACAGGGGUUAAGACUGGCCGCGGUGGAAUUUCAAAUGUUGGAGUAAAAGAUGAGCAUGAACAUGGUGCUCUUUUGAGAGAUAAUAGGGAUAGAGAUAGUGAGGAGGGGGAUGAUGAGAUGAAUGGAUGGAGCGGAAACGCAUUAUUGCUUCGAGGAUUAGGGGGAAUAGUGAGAGUGAGAUUGAGAGUGAGGGUGGGGUUAAGAUGUGAAGAAUUAUUAUGA